AUGAAAAAAAUUAUUAACAAUCCACAAAAUGUAGUCUCUGAGAUGAUUGAUGGUUUUACUCAAUCAUCAAGAGAUUUAUUAAAACUUAAAGGAAAUUUUAAUGUAGUAGUAAGAUCUGACUAUUCACAAAUAAAAGAUAGAGUAACACUUAUUUCGGGAGGUGGAAGUGGACAUGAACCAGCACAUAUUGGAUAUAUUGGAAAUGCUAUGUUAACAGGUGCAGUUUGUGGUGAUGUAUUUGCAUCACCAAGUGCAAAACAAAUUUUUAUGGCUAUUAAAUCAGUUGCAGGUAAAAUGGGUUGUAUAUUAAUUGUAAAAAACUAUAUGGGUGAUAAUGGUUCAUUUAGUAUUGCAAGGGAAAUGUGUAAAAGUCAACUACCAGAUAUUAGAGUUGAAAUUAUAACCGUUGAUGACGAUAUUUCUUCAAUUCUUAUGAAAUUAAAUGAAUUUUCAAAUGAUAAUAAUGAUAAUAUCCAAGAUAUUAGAGAUAAAUAUAAAUCAAUUACAAAUAGAAGAGGUAUUGCAGGUACAGUUUUAGUUCAUAAAAUUUUAGGAGGUUUAGCUGAACAAGGUAAAUCAAUUGAUGAAAUUUUAAAAUUUUAUAAUAAAUAUAUAUCACCAUCCAAAUCAUUAAAUUUAGUAACUAUGGGUGUUGGUCUAUCAUCUUGUAUCAUUCCAUCAGUUGGUUCACCAUCAUUCACAUUAAAUGAAAAAGAAAUGGAAAUUGGUUUAGGUAUUCAUGGUGAAUUUGGUAUUGAAAAAGUUGAAUUAAAACCUUCAAAACAAAUUAUUAAAUCAUUAAUUGAUAAUUUACUUAAAAUUUUACCCUAUUCAAAUAAUAAUAAUAAUAAUAAUAAUAAUAAUAAUAAUAAUAAUAAUAAUAAUAAUAAUAAUAAUAAUAAUAGUUGUGGCAUUUCUUGUGGUAGUGAUGGUGAAGACAAAUCAUUAAUUGUAUUAAUUAAUAAUUUAGGUAGUACCACUAAUAUGGAAAUGGCAAUUGCUACAAAUGAUUGUUUAAAUUAUUUACAUGAAAAAGGUUUUACUGUUGAAAGAUUAAUUACUGGAACUUUAAUGACAUCAUUAGAAAUGGCUGGAAUUAGUAUAUCUUUAUUAUUAAUUAAAAAUAAUCAAAUAAUUAAUUUAAUUGAUCUUAAAACAAAUGCAAUGGGUUGGCCAAAUAGUGUUUUAAAACCAUAUAAAAAUAAAGAAGAUUCAAUUUUAACUUUAGAUGAAAAUGAUUCACAUGAAAUUAAAUAUGAUAAUUUAAAAUCAAUAACAAUUUCAAAAGAAAAUGGAGAAAUAUUAAAAGAAAUUGUAUUAUUGGGAUGUAAUUCAUUAAUUGAGAAUUCAAAUAAAUUAACAGAUUUAGAUAAACAAGUUGGUGAUGGUGAUUUAGGUACAACAUUAGAGAAUUUAUCGAAAUCAAUUAAAAAAUCCAUUGAUACAAUUCCAUUUGAUAAACCAUGUUAUACAUUUAGAAAAAUAUCAUUAAUUAUUCAAGAAUUAAUUGGUGGAUCAAGUGGACUUUUUUAUUCAAUCUUUUUCCUUAGACUUUCAAAUAGUUUAUAUGAAAGAUCAACAGUAAAUGGAAAAAACCAAAUUUCAACCAAUGAUUGGGGUUUAUCAUUAAUUGAUGCAGUUAAUGCAAUUAAAGAAUUAGGUAAAGCUGAUAUUGGUGAUUGUACAAUGUUAGAUUCAUUAAUACCAGCAAUUAAUAAAAUUAAUCAAUGUUGUAAAGAUAAUGAAAACUCUUCAUCAUCGUUUGAUUUAUUAAAUACUUUAAAACUUGCUUCAAAAGAGGCUCAAUUAGGUUCUGAAAGUACAAUUGAAAUGAUUGCAAAAAAAGGUCGUUCAUCUUAUUUGGGUGAAAGAACUUCACAUAUUAUGGAUCCUGGUGCUCAUGCAAUUGAAAUUAUUUUUAAAUCUUUUCUUUCAAUUAAAAAAUGA